GCAGUCAGCGCGGAACUAGUUCUGAACCGGAGCACAGCGAACGACCUGACGUGAAAAAGUGUAUCACAUAACAUUCGUAUUAAUUUGGAACGUAAAUUGUGGCCCCGUCGAGACAGGAGUAUUGGCUUGGGGCAAAAAGAAAACUGGAGGAGUCGUGGUUGUCAGAAGCGAAAGCCAGGGGAGAGCACUCCAAACGACAUCGACACACCACCCCCUUCCCCCCCAUGCGAUUGAUUGAUUGAGAGCACGAGACCACGAGUUCUUGGCAAGAUGCACUCGUCACUCAACUGGACCUCACGCCUGAUCUCGCGCGCCCUGCGCAGCAGUUUCUCCACGCUCCUGGAGACGGCCACGGGUGGAGGCGGAGGAGGAGCAGCGGCCAAAUCGGGAACCACCAAAUCAGGAGGAUCAGGAGCAGCAGCAGGAUGCCCUCGACCUCGUUUCGUGUCAGUGGUUUGCGGUUUCGCCAAGGACAACCUGCGACACAAGUACAAACCGGGCAAAUACGGCGAGGAUUCCUGGUUCAAGGCCUCCACCGAGAGUGCCGAUGUGAUGGGCGUGGCAGAUGGAGUGGGCGGCUGGCGAAGCUAUGGGAUCGAUCCCGGCGAGUUCUCCUCGUUCCUAAUGCGCACCUGCGAGCGCCUCGUCCAAUGCAGUCACUUCAACCCCAAGCGUCCGGUCAACCUGCUCGCAUACAGCUACUGCGAGCUGAUGGAACAGAAGAAACCCAUCCUGGGCAGCAGCACAGCCUGCGUGCUGAUCCUGAACCGUGAGACGAGUACCGUACACACGGCCAACAUCGGCGACAGCGGCUUCAUUGUGGUACGGCAGGGCCAGGUGGUCCACAAGUCGGAGGAGCAGCAGCACUACUUUAACACACCCUUCCAACUAUCACUGCCGCCGCCGGGACAUGGUCCGAACGUCCUCAGUGACAGUCCCGAGUCGGCGGACACCAUGAGCUUUCCAGUGAGGGACGGCGACGUCAUCCUGAUUGCCACCGACGGAGUGUUCGACAACGUGCCCGAGGAUCUGAUGCUGCAGGUGCUCAGCGAGGUGGAGGGCGAACGGGAUCCCGUCAAGCUGCAGAUGACGGCCAACAGCCUGGCGCUGAUGGCGCGCACCCUGUCCCUCAACAGCGAGUUCCUCUCGCCCUUCGCCCUUAGCGCAAGGAGGAAUAACAUCCAGGCGCGAGGCGGCAAGCCCGAUGAUAUCACCGUUGUCCUGGCCACCGUGGCGAUGUGAGAGAUGUGUGCUACCCCCACAAAAACCAUCCUCCACCCUAGUGAUUAACGUUUACUUGUAGUCCGUACGUGUUUAGUUAGCUUUAGGAGCCUGUUCCGUGGUUCUGUCUACCGUUUAAGCUGCAUGUUGAGAUUGAGAUUGUGGAUGAGGACGAUGACGAGGAUGACGACCGAAGACCGACGACCCUUUGAAUUGUUAGUUACAUAUAUACGAGCAAACUCUUUUUCGAAACGACAUCCUGGUGAGCAACCCCCGCCUUGAUUGUAUACAUAACCCUCGCUAUAAGUAGAGAAAUGCGAAUUAUCUGCCCGGGCGAUCACUGUCGUCAGUGGCAAUUCUAAUCACUAAUCACCCACAAACAAUAAACAAACAACCAACCAAGCGAUUGCGAAACAAACCCCGAUGCCGAUGUCGACGAUCGGGUAUACGAGUCCGGGGUCCGGUGUCCGGAUGGUGGACCCGUAACCCAAGUAAAGUGGAGUCGAGUGCAGCUAUCUGACUGAGGACUGAAGGAUUUAGCCAUUUACCCAGGCGAACUGUCUUUAAACAAUUUUUGUCGAAAUGUACUCAUUGAUAUUUGCGACCCAAAUAAAAUUAUUCA